AAGAGAAUGACGUGUUUCCGCUCUCACACCCGACAUUACAACAACAAGGCAGGCGAGCCGAGCUGGGACGGGGAGUCGACGCUGACUGACUGACUGGAGAGUAAACAGAAAUCCAACAACCUGCUACCAGAAGAAUUCCAACUCAUAAAAGAUCUAGAGAUGAAGCAGAUAUUGUAAAAGGGGACCCACCAGCCCCUUACCUGCAGCAUUGACUGUUUUUGGUGUUAUACAAGUACCAGAAUGGAGAGAAUUUGAGGUAGCUUACUCCUCAGGACAGUCCUGAGUUGUGUCAGUGAAGGUUCCCCAGAGCCCACUUUCUAGUAAUAUGAGCCAUGGACUCUGGGGCAGUUGAUAGUCCUGUGACCUUGGUCAUUAAGGCCCCCAACCAGAAGUAUGAAGACCAGACCAUUAACUGUUUCCUUAACUGGACUGUGGAGAAGCUGAAAAGUCACAUCUCCAGUGUGUACCCCAGCAAGCCGCUGUCCAAAGACCAACGGCUGGUGUACUCAGGAAUGCUCCUUCAAGACCACCUGCAGCUCAGAGAUGUGCUUAGAAAGCACGAUGAAUACCACAUGAUGCAUCUCGUAUGUACCUCUCACAGUCCCCCCGGCUCACCUAUGCCUCGGAGUCCCUCCAGCACGACUGCUUCUGAUUCCAGCAGUUCAGAGAGUGCUGGCUCCAUAUCUCCUACCACCACACCAAAUCAGGAAAGUCAGUCAGCCUCUUCAUCCUCCUCCUCUUCUGAUCCAGCGAGUUUUGAUGGGCUGAGGUACCGCGGCGGCUUCGCCCAGUAUCCUCAGAGCACCACUGGUAUCCCUCAGUGGCCUGCUGCUGCUCAGGUUCCCUUUCAUGGGGGCCUACCUGCCAACAUGCCCCCCCACCCCAUGUACAUGCCAAUGCAGAUGCUGUGGUGGCAACAGAUGUACGCUCGUCACUACUACAUGCAAUAUCAAGCAGCAGUAGCUGCCUCGCAGCCUCCCAGCACCUCCCCUCCCUCCUCCCCCACCCCCUCACCCCAUCAGCCUGCCCAACCCAAUGCUGUGCAGCCACCACUGGGACCUAACGCGGCCCCCAACGCCUUGCCAGAGAACCAGCCGCCCAACCCCAUCCAGAUGAACGCUCAGGGCGGAGCCGUCCUAAAUGACGACGAGAUGAACCGCGAUUGGCUGGACUGGCUUUACACAUUGUCUCGCGUGGGCGUCCUGCUCAGCAUCGUCUACUUCUACUCUUCUUUUAGCCGCUUCGCCAUGGUGGUCGGAGCCAUGUUGCUCGUCUACUUGCACCAGGCUGGCUGGUUUCCCUUCAGGCCAGAGCAGCAAAACCUCAGAGGAGGAGGAAGAGUUCCACAGGAGGAAGCAGAGAGACACCAGGACAUGCAGGAAAUGGAACGACUGAUGGACGAAGGAAUGGAGGACGAUGACAGUGGCGAGGAUGGAGGUGGAAGAGCGGAGGAUCAGGGCCGGGCGGCGGCUGCUGCUGCCGAGCCGAGUUUCAUUACAGUCGCGUGGUCCUUCAUCAGCACCUUCUUCACCUCACUGAUCCCCGAGGGACGACCCCACCCAGACAACUAGGUAGACCCCCUUGCUUCUAAAAAUACUUCCUCUUCCUGCUACAGGACCCCCACCCCCACCAAACCUUUACUGGCCAUAAAUAACCCAAACGCAUCUUCACACAAUCCCAUGUGGUCAAAUACUCCUUGACCGAAGUGCCCGCCUAGCCUCCUGUCCUCAACCAAUGAAUGAAGUGUAAGAGCAGUUGCAGUGUGUUGCUGCAGUAAUGGAACCUUUGGUAAAGUCAUGUCUGUGCUGUGUUAAUGGAGUAAAAGCUUCAGCAGUGAAAGUUUUUGUUUUUGUUUCAUCGCUUGUGAAUUCAUUAAGAGUUGGCGAUGACGAGAGACGCUAAAGGGAGUUGUCUUCCAUUUUGAGCUGUGAUAUGGUUAUGCUUGUGAAUAUUUUAUUUCAUUAUUUUUUUAAAUAAUGGAUGUGACCCAGAAAUAAAAAGAAAAACAAAGUAAGGAAUUUCUCUAAAAUAAUAGGGAAACGUUUCCUUAACAAACCAUGGAAAACACAUCCUCAAAGACAUUUUCAUGUAUGCACACAGUGUGCAUAUAGACAUUGCAGCUACUGAAGCACAUUGUUUUCCCACUUUGUGUAUUUUAAAUAUCUAUUUACACAUGUAAGUAUAUGCAUCUUUAAUUCCUGAAUAUAUGCUUUUUUUUGAAUAAAAAAUCUUGCUGCAGUUUAA